GGCUGGAUCCAAAGCUAGCUCCUCUAUUGCUAUCUUGUCUUCUUUAUUACAAUAAUAUAAGGCUUUCGUGCCUCUGAAAGACGACUCGGUUUCUCUCUCUUUCUUCUUCUUCUCGCCCCUAUAAAAAAAAAGACCAUUUUUCCCCCUCACUGCUAUAUGUUCGGAGAAAGUCCAGAGAUCAACCCUCCCCGGAUUCCAUGCAGUAGCUCUUAUUACCCGGAAUCUCAGAUUUUUUUUUGAAUCCAUGAGCUCAAAAAUCUGUAAGAGAGAGAUGGGCAUCGUUAAUGAGGAAGCAGUCAAGCAAUUCCGUACGUUAAUGGAAGAUGUGGACGAUUCACUGAAAGAUUCGUUUCUGAACGUCCAUCAAGGGUACCAGACCGAGACUUUCGUGCGUUUUCUUAAAGCGAGGGAAUGGAACGUACAAAAGGCCCAUAGAAUGUUGCUAGAUAGCUUACAAUGGAGGAAGCAAAAUGAGAUUGACAAGAUGCUCACUAAACCCAUCAUUCCUGUUGAUCUGUACAGAGCAAUCCGGGAUACACAGCUUGUAGGAUUAUCCGGCUAUUCAAAAGAGGGUCGCCCUGUCAUUGCUGUUGGUGUGGGGCUUAGCACAUACGACAAAGCCUCUGUUCACUAUUAUGUGCAGUCCCACAUCCAAAUGAAUGAGUACCGGGAUCGUGUAAUAUUGCCAUCUGCCUCAAAGAAAUUCGGGCGGCCUAUCUGUACAUGUUUGAAGAUUUUGGAUAUGACUGGUUUGAAGCUUUCGGCCUUGAGUCACAUCAAGUUAAUGACUGCUAUAACAACGAUAGAUGACUUGAACUUUCCAGAGAAGACGGAGACAUAUUAUAUUGUCAAUGCUCCGUAUAUCUUUUCUGCUUGUUGGAAGACAAUAAAGCCUCUGUUGCAAGAGAGAACGAAGAGGAAGAUUCAGGUUCUUAAGGGCUGUGGGAGAGAAGAGUUAUUAAAGGUAAUGGACUAUGAAUCUCUCCCACAUUUCUGUAAAAGAGAAGGGUCGGGAUCCGGUAGGCAAACCCCAAAUGGAACAGUAGAGAAUUGUUUCUCUUUGGACCAUUCCUUCCAUCAAGAGCUAUACAAUUUUGUCAAGGAACAGGCUAUGCUUUCAGAGUCAAAUGCACUGAUCAAAGAAGGGUCACUUCAUGUGAAGUUCCCAGAACCAGCUCCAGAAGAUUCCAAGAUCUUUGAGACCAUAGAGUCUGAGUUCCAGAAGCUUGGUGGUAACCACAAGGCUGUCUGAAUUCUCGGUCAAGGUUUCCUAUUGAUGAUUAGAUCCUGAGAGACAUCAUUGCUCUGCUGUUUCAGCAAAAACAUGGCAUUUCUCUGGCUGCAAGCUCUGUUUAUUAGCAGUAUCAAGAUGCCAACCACCUUUGCUCAUUCAGCUUCUCGGAUAUAUGACAUAACUAUACCUGCCUGCAUCACCUCGAUGCAGGGUUUAUAGAACAUACCAUUUCCUUGGGAUGGAUCUCAUCAAUGAUUCUAAUAUAUAGAGCUCAUUUCCACUA